GUAUAUACAGGUGGUUCUUGAUCAUUGUGUUGUACAUUCUCAACCACAUGCAUCAUCAUCAUGAUGGACAUGACCUUUGCAAUGAUCAAGCCUGAUGCCAUAGAGUCUGCAAGUGAUAUCAAGGAACUCAUCCGUCAGCAGAACUUUCUCAUUGUUCAGGAGAAACAAAAGCAGCUGACGGAUGCAGAAGCCCGGGAAUUCCACACGGAACACAGUGGAAAACCAUUCAUGGAGGAGCUGGUGGCGUAUGUGACCAGUGGUCCAGUGGUGGCCAUGGCCCUGCUCCUGCCGACGCCCAUCAGCAGCAGCACCAUCACUCCUGAUCCUGACGAGGACAACAACAAGGACCAGCAGCAGCAGCAACAACAGGCCAAUGACCAUCAGAUGAGCCAGGCUGAGAAACAAAAGCAGCUGACGGAUGCAGAAGCCCGGGAGUUCUACGCGGAACACAGUGGAAAACCAUUCAUGGAGGAGCUGGUGGCGUAUGUGACCAGUGGUCCAGUGGUGGCUUUGGCCCUGCUCCUGCCGACGCCCAUCAGCAGCACCAUCACUCCUGAUCCUGACGAGGACAACAACAAGGACCAGCAGCAGCAGCAGCAGCAACAACAGGCCAAUGACCAUCAGAUGAGCCAGGCUGUGCGACUCUGGCGGACCAUGUUGGGUCCCACGGAUGUGGCCCGAGCCAGAGACGAGCACCCUGACUCCAUCCGGGCCAUCUUUGGCACAGGGCCCGGGAAGAACGCGGCCCACGGCAGCGACUCUCCAGAGAGUGCACGUCGCGAGCUUGGAUUCUUCUUCCCGGAACUGAAUAUGGAGGAUUUCCUGAAUGCUGCCUGCCCAGACAAUGACGUUAUGACCAAGGAAUUUUCUGACAUUCUGUCGGAGGGUCUUCAGGAAGCUGCCAGGGAAAAGCCUGAGAACCCAAUAGUCUGGCUCGCCAAAUGGCUUGGGAACAGGGCUCCAACCUCUUGA